AUGAGUCGUUUGGAAAGAGUCUUCUUAAUGAAUGUGUCUCUUUUCAUCGAGACCAUUCAAGACUUAAUUCAGUUUCAACUUGUUAAUAAAAAGUGUUUAGAAGCCCUUAAUGGCCUUCACAUCAAUCCAUUCAUUAAAGACUUUGACGUCCAACACCCAAAUAAAAAUGAGAAGGGUUUUGUUACUCAGUGUUUGAGAAUCAGUUCGUUUCUAAUGAAGUCGUUUCCUCGUUUAGAAACACUUGUUUGUACCUACGCAUUUCUCCGCGAAAGUAAAGACGACAAUUUGUUCAGUCGAGUUCAAAUGAUUUCCGUUCGAAGAGACAAGUCCUUUGCCAUUUCCUUUCUUAGAAGAGUCAAAUCCGAACGCCUUCAAAAAGUUAUUCGAAUCUGCUUUGAUGCGACUUUCCAGUGUACUUUUGACUGGUUUGAGCAGAUGAGUUCACUUCGAGUCAUCUCACUUGAUAUGGACAGACUUGAAAAACUCAAAGACGGUAUCCACGUCUUAUUUUCUAUUCAAUCACUUCGAAAGGUGUACAUCAAAAAAGCACUCAAUCCACAACUUUCUGAAAUUAUUGAGAUGAUCGCGAACAACAAACUGUCAUGGGAGAGUCACUGUAGAGUCUAUUUCCUCUUAAUCCCAUCAAAGAAGUUUGAAGUUUCUCCAGAGAACUACACUAAGCUCAAAAGUCUUGAAACCAUGAAGGAAAAUCAGACUCACAAAAUCACUGUUUUGGAUCUUAGAAAGUACUCAAGUCGACUUGGAGACGAUACUGAUGAGAAAGUUCUUGUUAACAAUGUGUUCAUGUUCACAAGCAUAACAUUAAUACCAGAGACUCUCAAUGCCAAUUUAAAUGAACAUGGCCUCACUGAAACGGAAACUUCGGUGCUACGCAAUUGUAGAUGCGAGAAUACUUUUUCACUGUUUAGGACUUGGACAUAUUCAGACGACAAUGAGACGGACUUGUCAAACAUUCUUGACAUCGAAAAUCACUUUGUUGUGAUGGGAAGGACAAAGUCUAUCACAUUCGACUCAGUGUUCUUGGGAUUUGUCAAUUUGUGUCAGAUCUCGAACGUCUCUGUAGACCUUCCAAGGUCGUAUCAAGUCACUUUGAUCCACUGCAAAGACGUUAAACUGAGGAAUUGUGGAGUGAACAGAAUUGAGUGUUUUCUCUCGGAGAAUAUUGAAGUUGCAAUUCCAAGUGAACACAUCUAUGACAUCAUUCUUCAACACAACAAAAAUGUGAGGAUAAUAGGAAACAACGCGACUUAUAUUAAAGAACUGAGAUUUUCUAAUGAAACAAAUAGUGUGGUGAGUCACACUAACAUCUUUACUUUGGCUAUUGACUCUUCCAGUGUUAUUACUUUCAAGCAAAAUCGCAUUCAAAAUUGCGCCCUCGAAUCCGUCAAAUACUUAAAUAUUGACAACACUAAUAUUUACUUAGAAAAAGAUGUUAACGAGUAUUUAAAAUGCUGUUAUUCAUAUCAUAAAAAACAUAAGGCACUUCCUGAAUGCUUGAGAAGUCUGUGUUAUGUUGAAGACUCGAAUAUUCACUUCGACAAAAUUGGUGAAAAAAUGACUCUCCAGAAUUCCGACUUCAAUCAAAUUACUGGAGUCCUCACGAAAAAACUACUUGAAGAAGACAGAAAGUGUAUUAAUCAUAUUGCUAACUGCUUACUGAAAAUCACAAAUGAAAGGACUUUGUUGUAUGUCGCAAAUAAGUUUCAAAAUGAGUAUAAAGGGAAUUAUAGACUCGCACUCGAACUGAUUAUGGAGUUCUAUUCUUGCAGUGACCCUCCACAAUUCCCAAUCACUAUCAACACUUUCAAUUAUGUUCUUCUCUGUCGUUUAAAUUGUCAAACCGUCAAAAUACAAAACGUCAAAGUUGUUGAGUUGUACAUGUGCAACAUCGUCGAACUCGAAUUACUUGAUGUCCAAAAGGAUAUUAUUAAAGACACCGUAAUCAAUAAGUUGAUCACCAACAAUACUAUAACAAAGCCAAAUAUGGAACAAAAAUUAACUCACAAACACAAAACUGUUGCAAAAAGGAAUCGAAAGGUGUUCAAAGUCGCUCGAAGAAAAAUCAGCCUAUUUUCUUGUUUCGACUCUCUUGAAAGACUUAUCAUCAGAAAUUGCAAACUACUCACAAAAAUCAUAUUAGGUCCUAACAUUAAAACUGUUCAUUUACAGAACUUGCCAUUCCUUUCUGUCAUCGACAAUUUGACAAACAAAGUCAAACUCACAAUCAUGAAUUGUCCACAAUACUCUUCAAUUUGA